AUGAAAUGUGGAGGAACAUCUACGGUGAAACCUGCGGACCCAGAGAUUCAGGGGAUUUGUGAAUCUGUAAAGGAAAAGGUGGAAGAGAAAGCCAACAAGAAAUAUGCCACGUUCGAGGCAAAAUCGUACACUACUCAGGUCGUUGCCGGAACAAACUACUUCGUCAAAGUCCAUGUUGGAGGAGACGACCAUGUUCAUCUCAGAAUUUUCAAAGGUCUCCCUCACACUGGAGGUUGA